AUGACCGUUGCCGCAAUUCUGAGUGGGAAGGGCCACGACACCAUUACAGCAAGCAGUGAUGCACUGCUGAGCGACAUUUGCGAAACCCUGGCAAAACACAAGAUCGGCGCAGUGGUGGUUUGUUCCAGGGACAAGGCCAUUGAGGGAAUUGUUUCAGAACGCGACAUUGUGCGCGUGAUCGGGACACAGGGACCAUCUGCGCUGAAAUUGCCGGUCACGAGCGUCAUGACCAAGGAGGUCGUGACAUGCAACGAGGGCAACAGUGUCAAUGAAGUGAUGGCGCGCAUGACACAAGGCAGGUUCCGUCACAUGCCGGUGGUGAAAGACGGCAAACUGACCGGUGUGAUCUCAAUCGGCGACGUGGUGAAGCACAAGAUUGCCCAGGUUGAACUCGAAGCCGAGCAGAUGCGAAACUACAUUUCCAUGUCCUGA